AUGGCUUUGAAAAGAAUUAAGAAAGAAUUGCAUGACUUAGGGCGAGACGCACCUUCGGGUGUAUGGGGUCGUCCUAUUGGAGAAGAUCUCUUUCAUUGGGAUGCAGGAAUUUCUGGUCCCGCUGAAACUCCAUACGAUGGUGGUGUGUUUUUUCUUGCCAUUGCAUUUCCUGAAGAUUAUCCAUUUAAACCACCAAGGGUUAAUUUUAGGACAAGAAUUUAUCAUCCGAAUAUAAGUAAUAGUAAUGGAUCCAUAUCCCUAGAUGUUCUAGGAUUCGAUUGGGGACCUCAUAUUACCAUUUCGAACCUGCUCAUGACUAUUCAAGCGUUUUUGACUUCUCCUGACCUAGAAAAUCCACUCGCAAGCGAAGUUGCUCAUGUUUACAGGACCUACCGCGGUCUUUAUGAAGCGACAGCACGAGAAUGGACGCGCAAAUACGCUA